AUGGCAACCCGUGCCAUAAUCCCCCGCUUCCUCCUCCCCCUCCAGGGACCCCUCUGGCGCGGCAUCAGCAUCCCGCUCUCCCAGAACAGCAUCCGAAUCCGCUUCGCCAGCUCCUCGACAGAAAAGCCCAUCGUUCUCGAGAAGCCCGCACGCUUCAACCCGCCUUCCCAUGGAUCCCGAGCAAAGAGGAACCAUGUUCCCAAGCACUACGGACCCGACCUCACCGCCGCCGAGAUCGCCGCGCAGAACACCAAGAACUACCCGGGCAUGAUGGCUCCCGAGGGAACCUGGGCGCACUUUUUCUGGCACAGCAGGCUUCUACACACUUUCAUCACCAUGGGCACCCUCUUCGCCCUCGGCGUCUUCACCUUCUUCAUGAACUACGCCUACAACUCGCCCUACAAGGACCUCGUGCCCCCCAUCUCGGACCUCUGGACGCAACCGAUCCACUUCUUUGUCGGCUGGAAGAACGUCAUCCUGCUGCACGAACAGGACAAGGCCGAGAAGGCCGUCGAGCACCGAACCCGCCACCUCGACGACGUCGCCAAGCGCCGCUACUUCAUGAAGAUGCACGGCAUCGAGACCAAGGACCCCGUGUCCAUCGUGUUCGGCAAGGGCGAGGAAAAGUCCGAGGACGAGCUCGAGGCCGCCGCCAUGGGACGGGAGCCCCCUCAGAAGACCGAGGAGGAGAAGAAGCCAGAGGAGGCCAAGAAGAAGUGGCUUGGUAUCUUUUGA